UGGCGACACUACGGCUGUGAGUAGCGUUAGCGUAAACGGUUGUAAUUUUGCAUUUUUCUGUGCAGUUUUUGUGUUUUUCCAGUUCAUUUGUCACUUGUUUGUGAGUCCGCCUGAAGAGAUGACGACACCUAAAGAAAACAAGCCAACCAGCGGCGCUUAGCGGCUUCCGGCGAAACGGUUUGAAGGUUUGUCAUCGGCGUCAUGGUGGAGGUGACUUCAGUCUGGACCUGUCAGACGGACGGACGGCGCCUGUCUGACGUCCUGUUCCCCGUUCACAUCAGAGACAAUGAGGAACUGAAUGAGGCCGAAGGAGACAAUGCAGAGCGGUGUGGCUGGGCGUGGUUGGAGCAGACGGAGGAGGCGUCUCCUUGCGUCCUGACGCUCACCUGCAGCCCGUCAGCCCCCCCCUCGGACCCCCCCGCUGCCAUUGGACGCCUCUUACUGGUCAGCGAGGCCCGGACAAUGGAAGUGUACGACCAGACAGGAGAGUACUGUGGAACAGUGAGGGGGGAGAGAGACAACAGCGUCCACCUGGACAGCGCAGACUCAGGUCCGUUCUACAGGAAACAGCUGAUCCUCGACCACCCAUCGGCGUCCUGUGAAGUGAAGCUGCUCUCUCUGGCCGGUAGACGUCGUGUUGCGGUGCAUCAAGUCGUCGUGGGUCUGCAGACGCUCGGGCCCGGUCGGUUCCACGGCGCCGGCAUCGACAUGCAGCAGGUCCAGAGUCUGGUGGAUGAGAUGGGGGCCAGCCUGUCCCCUGGAGCCCAGAACCUCAUGGACAUGGUUCACUUCCAGCAGAAGAACCAGACGGGCUCUCUGAGCAGCUUCCUGCCUCUGCUGAUGGGAGGCGGAGCUCUGUCUGCUCUGACUCAAACAGCCAAUGGGAACGCUCUGCAGGCGGGUCCUCCUCAGUCUCCGCUGAGCUCUGUCACACCUGCAGACGAAGCUCCGCCCUCCCACAAUGGACUGAUGUCAGACAGCUCAGGCUCCGCCUCCCUAGACUCGCUGCAGAAAAGCACAGAGACCAGCGACGCCGGAGGCCCAGUUAGCCCCGCCCAGCUGACGGAGAUGAUGUCACACCUCCUGAAGGGGCAGGGCCAGAUGCUGAGCUCCGCCCCCGACCUUCUGCCCGUGCUCCAGAGCGUCUGUGGUCAGGUGACGCAGCUCAGGCUGGACUCAGAGAAGCAGCUGAGGAACGGAUCAUGGGACCUGGACCGAGACCUGGACCGGGUCAUGGAGCGUCGUCUGGAGCAGAUGGAGCAGAGGCUGAAGGACCACGUGGACCGCAGACUGGACGCCCUGGAGCAGAAGCUGGACAAGGUUCUGCUGCUGGUUCUGGACCGGGGGGGCGGCGGCAGGGCGACGGGAGGAGGAGGAGCUGAGGAGAUCCACGCCAGUGGACCGCCCCUAAAGACCGCCUGACCCCCACCCCCACCGCCAACGCCGACGGAAGUACACGAAGAAGAAAAACCCCAUUAACGUCAGUGUCACUAACAGUCGUUAACAGUUGAAUCCACUGACGGAAAAACCAAACAGUCAUGAAGAACCAGAGGAACCCAUUCAAAGGUCAAAGGUCAGACCACAACGGACAUGAGAGAAAUGCACUGUGGGAAAUUUAAGUCUGGAAUCAACAGGAUUCCCUAAAGUGUGGAUUAAAAAUAGUUCCAUAAAUACAUGAAUGUGUCAGAUGUGAAGAUGUGACUGAACUGUCACGUCUGAAGAUUCAAUGGAUGAUAUCAUCGACGGUUUCACUAAAAAAGUCGAAUAUAAAAGAUGUGAAUUUGGGUUCUGAGAAGUUCUGACGUUUUCACCAGUUUCUGUAACGAGUUUCACCUAAAAUGAAAAUAAUCCAGU